AUGCUUGGAAUUUGGAUUCUUGCCCUGUCUCUGCUCAGCGCAGCAGAAGGCAGAGAAGUUUGCUUUGAAAGGCUUGGGUGCUUCACAGAUGAUGUGCCAUGGUCUGGGACCACGGAAAGGCCAGUCUACAAACUACCCUGGAAACCAGAGAGCAUUGACAUCCACUUCCUCCUGUACACUAGAGAAAACACUGACGACUUCCAAGAGGUGUCUGCUGUUGAGAAGUCAACAAUUGAGGCCUCAAAUUUUAAUGCAACCAGGAAGACCAAAUUUAUUGUGCAUGGAUUUGUAGACGAUGGAGAAGAGAACUGGCUGUCAGACAUGUGCAAGAGGAUGCUCACUGUGGAAGAUGUGAACUGCAUCUGUGUGAACUGGAAGAGAGGUGCGAGGUGUCAGUACACCCAGGCAUCGAACAACGUCCGCGUGGUGGGCGCCGAAAUCGCUUAUUUUGUGAAUGUUCUCAUGGAUGACUAUGGGCUCUCCCCAGCCGACGUGCACAUCAUCGGGCACAGCCUGGGAGCACACGCUGCUGGCGAGGCCGGCCGGAGGCGCCCGGGCAUCGGCAGGAUCACCGGACUGGACCCUGCACAACCUUACUUUCAAGGCACUCCAACUGAAGUCAGACUGGACAAAACUGAUGCAGACUUUGUUGACAUCAUCCACACAGACUCGGCUCCUACAAUCCCCAACUUAGGUUUUGGCAUGAGCCCAGCUAUAGGACACAUUGACUUUUAUCCAAAUGGAGGAGAGCAGAUGCCCGGGUGUGAGAAGAACCCUGUCUCACAGAUCGUGGAUAUCGAUGGCAUCUGGGAAGGAACUCGGGACUUCGUGGCCUGCAAUCACCUGCGGAGUUACAAGUAUUACUCGGACAGCAUCAUCUACCCUGACGGGUUUUUAGGCUAUCCCUGUGCUUCAUAUGAUCGUUUUCAAGAAGGAAACUGUUUCCCGUGCCCACCAGAGGGAUGCCCAAAUAUGGGUCACUAUGCAGACAAAUUCAAGGACAAAUAUAAAAAAGAUUUCACCAAACUUUACCUGAAUACUGGAGAGGCCAGGGAUUUUCCUCUUUGGAGGUACAAGGUAACCGUGACCCUCUCUGGAAGGAGCAAAGUAAGAGGAUAUGUAAAUGUUGCCCUGUAUGGCAGUGGUGGGAACACCAAGCAGUACCAGAUCACCAAGGGUACCCUCAAACCAGACAACACUUACACAGCCUAUAUUGAUGCAGAAGUUAAUGUACGAAAAGUUACCAAGGUUAAAUUCCUUUGGAACAACAACUGGAUAAACCCAACUCUUCCCAAACUGGGAGCUGCAACUAUCACAGUAGAAGUUGGACAAAAUAGAACAGAGUACCGUUUCUGUGGGUCUGGGACUGUGAGGGAGGAUGUUCUGCAGACUCUGACUGCUUGCUAACAGCACCUUGGAUCCCCAAAUCCUUGCUACCAAUAAAAGCUACUCACACACAAACACUGGAAUCUGCAGCUGUAAUACUGAUGGUGUGAGUUCUUUGGGCUGGGUUUUGCUGGUUUGGGGAGGCAGAGGUUGAGUCUGUGGAUGCCUCUCUGUAGACACAAUUUUUAGAGCAGCUUUAGCAGUGAAUGUGCCAGAACCUGUUGAAGAAUUCCCCUCCUUCAGCCUGUUUCAAAAUAAUUUCAAGCAAGAGGAAAGGAGGCAGGCAACAAAACCAAAUUCAUUUCUGUCCCCAUGUAAUCCUGCCUCGUGUCCCUCAGUGCUCUGCUGGACAAGGGGGCUGUGUCCCCUCUGCUGCUCAACCUCCCUGAUAAAACCUCACACAAUCCUGGGGAUCUACUGCUCCACAGACCCUCUGCUCCUGGGGACCUGCUCUGUUUCUCCUGAGGUUCCCCAGCCUGGGGCACUCUGCUCUUUCUGUCUCUGGGUGAUCUUUCCUCACCUAGAACACCUUGUCCUGAAGUGCAUCAA